GUCAAACGCGCCCGCUUCAUUUUCGUUUACUCUAUUACUCAUUGAUUAAUAAAAUAGAAAAAUAAUAACACAGAAUAUAAGGCCGAAACAAAAAAUAUAAAUAAAUUAUUUACAUUACACUUUAAUCGCAGAAGUGGUGGCAGCGUGUUUUGCGUUGUUUCUCGCAGGAAAAAUCGUCGCGAAAAAAUUCGAAAUUUUUAUUGCUGGAAAGGGUGAAAAAUAAAUAUCGAUUUGGCCUGCAAAAGAAAACGAGAGAAUUUUAUCGAGGUAAUCCUUAUAAAAGUGAUGAAACGAAUUUCGAACGGCUUUGUUAAAACGAAUUAUACUGCUAAGCUAAUUACGUGACUAGUAAACUUGUAAUUGCAAAAAAAUUAUCUGUAAUAAUUAUUUACACAUAAAAAGUGUUUAAAAUAUAUAAGCGCAAUUAUAUCUGAAUCUUCCCCCCGUCCGCUAAAAUUGACAAUUGUGAGAAAUUGUAAAGAUUUUCCUACAACUCAAGUAAUGUUUAUAUUGAUAAGGACAAAGCGUCUUUAACGAUGUCUACAAACUCUGGGAGUCAUUAUUGUGCCGUUGUAAUUUGACUUAAUGCCUCACACUUGUCAACGCCAUACAGGCAGCGCGGGAGAGACGUACGCAAACAAGCAGUAAAGAUACUUGUAUUAUAAACUGAUAUCGCAACUAUAGUAACGAUAAGUCUUUGCGAAAUUAUUCGAAUACAACACUUGACCAAACUAGAAAUACUCCACACAAUAAGUUUACUGUAAGGGAUUUGAAGUAAGCCGACGCUUGCAGCUCAAAGAGCAUCUUCGAAUUAACAUAGCUUUUGAAUAUAAUUUAGUGUCGUCAUCCGCCCGCCAUGAAUUCUAGCACAAAGCACUUCCUGCACUGCACGCUUCUCAUAAUUGUGAUAAUAACCUUCGAAGUAUUUUCCGGUGGUAUUAAAAUCAACGAAGACUCAUUUACAGUCCUCGAUCCAGUGGCGGCGUAUGGACAAUUAGGCACAAUAUUUUUGUACUUAUUACGAUUUUUAACAUUUUUAACGCUGCCCCAGGUAUUAUUUAAUUUUUGUGGACUUGUCUUUUAUAAUGCUUUUCCUGAAAAAGUGGUGCUUAAAGGUAGUCCGCUGCUCGCGCCCUUUAUUUGCAUACGAGUAGUUACUCGCGGAGAUUUCCCUCAAUUAGUGAAAACAAAUGUGCUUCGAAAUAUGAAUACUUGUUUAGAUACGGGACUAGAAAACUUUUUGAUUGAGGUAGUCACAGACAAAGCUGUCAAUUUAUCACAUCACAGGCGCAUACGUGAAAUAGUCGUACCGAAAGAGUACAAAACGCGUACAGGUGCACUCUUUAAAUCACGUGCGCUUCAAUAUUGUCUGGAAGACAAUGUAAACGUUUUAAAUGACAAUGAUUGGAUUGUGCAUUUAGAUGAAGAAACUUUGCUGACUGAGAAUGCAGUAAGAGGUAUUAUCAAUUUUGUGCUAGAUGGAAAACAUCCGUUUGGUCAAGGCUUGAUAACUUAUGCCAACGAAAAUGUGGUAAAUUGGUUGACCACCUUGGCAGAUAGUUUUCGAGUGUCUGAUGAUAUGGGCAAACUACGUCUACAGUUUAAAUUGUUCCACAGGCCACUAUUUAGUUGGAAAGGCAGCUAUGUAGUGACGCAGUUAGUUGCAGAACGGCAGGUAUCGUUUGAUAAUGGUAUCGAUGGGUCUGUUGCGGAAGAUUGUUUCUUUGCUAUGCGUGCCUUUGCACAAGGCUUUACAUUCAAUUUCAUUGAAGGUGAAAUGUAUGAAAAAUCACCAUUUACGCUACUGGAUUUUUUACAACAACGCAAGCGCUGGCUACAAGGAAUUCUACUGGUGGUUCAUUCGAAGAUUAUACCAAUCAAAUAUAAAUUGCUGCUAGGUAUAAGUGUUUAUUCCUGGGUUACAAUGCCACUAUCAACAUCAAAUAUUAUCUUUGCUGGACUCUAUCCAAUUCCUUGUCCCAACUUAGUGGACUUUGUGUGCGCAUUUAUUGCAGCUGUAAAUAUCUAUAUGUACGUGUUUGGAGUGAUCAAAUCAUUUUCGCUGUAUCGCUUCGGUUUGGUGAAAUUCUUGGCGUGUGUGUUAGGUGCUGUUUGCACCAUCCCUGUUAACAUUGUUAUUGAAAAUAUUGCAGUCAUUUGGGGCCUAGUUGGAAAGAAGCAUAAAUUUUAUGUUGUUCAGAAAGACGUAAGGGCACUGGAAACGGUUUAAUUGUUAAGAUUAUACAUUUGCAUUAUUGUUGGCUUAUUCUAAUGUAUAUUAAAGCGGUGCAAAAUCGCUACUCAAUUAUUGUUAACAUAGAGCUGCAAAACCAAAAAGUGGACGCCCAUUUGGAACAAGUGCGCAUCCACCUGAGCACAUUUACUCUAGUAAGCUCAUAACACGUGUGUGAGUUCGAUUUUGUGUGUAUUGUUUCAUAAUUUUUGUAUUAUAUUAAUGUUAAGUUCGAACGCAAUAAUUGAAAAUGUACUCGUAUUACGGUAUUUAGGUACCGCUCCUUCGAUAAAUUAUCACAUUCAUAUAGAUUGGACACAUACUCUCCUGGAGACACCAGACGUUGAACAAAAUAUCUACGCACAUAAUACAGCACUUUACUUACAUUUAUAGCAAUGCAUACAAACACAAAUUAUUUAUAUAUAUAUAGUUAAUUAUGUAAUUUAUUAAUUAUUUAGUGUUAAAUAUAGUAUAUAGUGCAUAUAAUUACAUACUUUUAAGGUAUUUGAUCCUUAAAAUGGUUUUGUUUUUUGUUUUAAACAAAUUGGAAAAAAAUGGACUUACGAAAUAAAAAUUCAUUUCCUACUUA